AUGAUAGGCGUGUCCAACGGUGGAUAUAUUGAAUGGCGGGAGAUUGCAGAACAACAAGUAUGCGAUUUUGGAGAUUACGCGGUUUGCCGAGAUCCACCCAUCGUUCAGAAACGUAUUAAUAAUAUGUGUUUAGAACAGCUCAUUUCAACCAACCGUUCAUUUCAUUGCUCCGUUCAGGAUUCUGUGUAUAGCUCGCCACAUUUUGAGAAAAUAACUUCUGAUAUAAUGGCAUUGUCGACAAGAACACCGAUAAACUGCGCCAUAACUGGAGGUUUUCAUAUUUUGAAAAACUUGAGUAUAAUUCGCUUAGGUUGUAAUGACACUUUUUAUUGCGAGGGUAACAUCAAUUUUAUUGGAGAUAAGCGUUGUCAAAUGAUAAAACCGUAUAUCGUAAAAACUAUAAAUGAUGAUGUUGUUCCAGUAGUCGAAUCAAUUCGUCCAUUGAAUAUUGGUCUUGCAAAAGUAUACCCAUUUGCAUCUGACAAAAAUCUCAUUCUUACCUUAGAAGAGCAAAUGAGAAUCCAAGAGAAAAAUAUAAAAGAAACAGAAAAAACUAGUGAUAGUCUAUCGAAAAAAGGACUAAUAAGUGCAACAAGACCUGUGGUUCUUUUUCUUUCUGUUGCACUGAGUGUUGUUUUAAUAGUUGUCGUUCUUCUUGUUCUUUACCUAAUUUAUCGCUGCCGCCACAAUUCACCAACUCAACAAUCGUCGAUCGUCAACAUUGGUACGAGCAUGAACCAGCCGACAACCUCAAUCUUACCAACGUCACAAGACAAUUUGGGCAGUCUCCAAGAUUUGUUACAAGCAUUCGCGAUCAAUAAACUUGCCAAAAUCUAA